UCGUAAGCGCUGAUACGGUAAUCAUGACGAAAUGGCACCUACGACUGUUCUAAAUGAGGAACACGUAUACAACUGAUGGUUCACAAGAACGAACAGUUGUAGCGAAGUAUUAUUUUUCUAGAUACAUUCACCUCGCACUCUGAGCCUGGAAUGUCGACGCGAUCACGAGCUUCCUCUGUUCGCUCGUUCCUACGAACGAACAGUUGUACCGUAAGUUUGUUUGUUCUUGUUUUUUUUUUCUAAAUAUUUGCCUAAGCAUUCUGAGCCGGGAAUGUUCGCGCAAAGGCGCGCCAGAGAACGAUGCAACUUGUUGCGCAUUGCACGCCGACAUCAAAUCGAAAAGCAGAUGCUUUCAGAGUGGCACUCAGUUAUUGUGAAACGAGUAAACCACGCCGCAAUGAGCUGCGUUACUGUGGCGCGUCUGUAUUAUGAGAGUGAAACUUGUUUCCGUAGCCUUAGGCCACUGAAGCUUGUUUGAAUAGCCUUAGGCCACUUGGAAAACGCAUGGCUCAGGGGCAUUUUCAUCUGAGAGUGAGAAAUCAGCCGCGCUGAGGACAUCAUUUCGGGACAAAUAGGUGGAAACGUCAGGCUUGCGAUAAGAAGAAAUGCUUACACGACGUAAUAUCUUACCAAACACAAAUGUAUCGGUUCGAGCUAAUGAUCACUGCUGCAUUUUCAGACACCACCAGAUGCCAUCAACGCUUGGUACCUUCUGGGCGAGGCGGAAAAGCAGUUCGCAACAAUGCACGCAUCAAGGCCGUGAUAGAAGCCAGGGUCAAAGCCAUCAAAGCGCCAGAAAUAACACCCGAAAACGCUCAGAAGGCACCUGUCCUGCUCGCCAACCUGGCGUGCGAGAUCGGGAUGGGGGAAUGUAGCGCGCUUGUCCCCGAUAACGUCACUGCAAGUGGACUUGACAAUGCCUUCGAUUCCGCACCUCUGGCCCCCGAGGCGGUAGCCUGCUAUUUCGGCUCCACUGUGACGCAUGAAGCAGAGUUCGACGCCAGGAUGCCGCUGACGCCGGGCUCCGAGCCGUCCUGGUCGGUACGCUUGGCCUUCUGCGGUUGCAUUCCGAGCCAGUAUCAGAACCUGACCGAUAAGGUCAACGAGCAGUACACACUGGCGCUCGAGAAAGACUGGACAGACGCAGAGGCCGGGUCCAUUCGUGUGCCAUACGGCCUGCGUAAAUUGGCACUCGAUACCUUGGCUCCUACAGCGACACUGCCUACAGAGGCUGCCGUGUACCAAAAAUUUCUGAAGAGCGCUGCAAUCUUGAAACUCGUACGAACGACAGGAGAGCUGCAAAAGGUGAAGGCGGAAGCAGCAUCCAAAGGGGGUAUUCCGGAUACUGUGUUGCAAGCACUCGAGGCCAGCCUCGUAUCGGUGAAUGCGCCCCUCCGAGAAUGGAUCUACUACUGACUGCCGACGCCUUAAGUGGGCCAGCGCAAGGAGGCCCAACUGCGUGGUGCCAGCCACUCCCCGAUAUGGAGCUACCUCUAAAUAAAUUGCUUUGGCC